AUGACAGCGCAGGAGGGAGGACGCCAUGGAGGAGCCUCUCUGGAGCCUCCGACAGCAACUCUCCUGCUGACCACCACCACCUCCUCCUCCUCCUCCUCCUCCUCCUCCUCAUCCUCCUCCAUCCUUCCAUCAGUCUCCAUGUGAGUGUCCUUCAACUGCCUCAAAGUGAACCGCGCUCCACUUCUUGUUGCCUCUUUUUAGGACUACUGUUUUUUUUCCCCCCUUGCCGUUUUUUUUCCUCGCCUGACCUCCCUGAGCUGAGUGGAUUUACUUUUUUUUUUUUUUUCUCCCGGACUAUGGAGCCGACGGGGUGGCGGCGGAGGGGGGGCAGCUGGCACCUCCUGGUGUCACUGCUGCUACUGCUGGGCUGUGUUUUCCGGCGGGAUCUCGCACAGACGGACGACGGCGGGAAGUCGGUCUACUUCUGGGAAACAGGUCCUUGGGGGAGGUGCAUGGGCAGCGACUGCGGCCCGGGAGGAAGCCAGAGCCGGGCGGUGUGGUGCGCCCACGUGGAAGGCUGGACCACGCUUCACACCAACUGCGACCAGUCUCUGCGUCCCUCCAACCAGAGGAACUGCUUCCGCGUGUGCGACUGGCACAAGGACCUGUACGACUGGCGCCUGGGCCCCUGGAACACAUGCGUGUCCGUGUCCUCCAGGGUGUCGGGUGCCCCGCAACCCUUUACCUGCAGCGGGGGCGAGGAGGGCAUCCAGACACGGGAGGUGGGCUGCACCCUCAAGUCGGAGAGCUCUCCUGCCGAGAACGCCAUCUGCGAGUACUUUGAACCCCAGCCCCGCCUGGAGCAAGCCUGCCUGAUCCCGUGCCCUCAGGACUGCGUUGUUUCAGACUACUCCCCGUGGACAUCCUGCUCCAAAACCUGCGGGACGGGCCUCCGCAACCGUGUCCGAAGCGUCCUGGUCCCGCCACUUUUCGGAGGAUCCAUCUGCCCCAAUCUGACCGAGUUCCAGUCUUGCAAACCGGGGCCCUGCACGGGGCCGGAGGGCAUGUACAGCCUCAGGGUGGGCGCCUGGACACCCUGCGUCCUGCCACAGACCCGGACGACGCGCCAGGCCAAGCGGCGCAAGGGGAAAGGCCAGGGAGGUGCCAAAGAUCCCGAGACCAGGGAGCUGAUCCAGAAGAAACGAACCAGGAACCGCCUGAACCGGCAGGAGAGUUCCUCCUGGGACGUACAGGUGGGAUACCAGACCCGAGACGUCACCUGUGUUCACAGGAACAGCAGCGGAGUGCCACGGAACUUGUGCACGCCAAGGGAGACACCACUGACCAUCCAGUCGUGCGUGUUGCCCAGAGACUGUCAACUGAGCGAUUGGAGCGACUGGUCGUCCUGCUCCAAAGCUUGCUCGGACUCCGACUCGCCCGGGGGCCGACGAGAGCGCCGCAGACGAGUGCUGCAGUGCCCUACGGGUGAAGGGGCCGAGUGCCCGAUACUGGAAGAGCGGGAGCCCUGCGAGCUGCAGGGGGACGCCGUGAUGCCCUGCGCCGUCUACGCCUGGAGGACCACCGAAUGGUCUGACUGCCGGGUGGACUUGCUGCUGGGUCAGCAGGACCGCCGUCGCACCAACCUGACUGGACUCUGUGGUGGGGGUCUACAGACUAGAGAGGUCUACUGCGUCCAAGCAAACGCCGAGCUCCUCAAGUACCUCAGCGACUUCCAGGAGAAAGACAAAGCGGGUCAGACCCAAAGACAGCCGAAGCCUAGUGUGCCCCCGCUCCUCUCGGUCUCCUUCCACAUUACAGCGACGCGUCCAGUGGAGAACCGUCUGUGCGGGGGUCCCGUUCCCAACCGGUCGCAGCUGUGCCAGGUGGCCUGUCCGGUCGAGUGCCAGGUGUCACCUUGGGGCGCCUGGGGGCCGUGCACGUUCGAGAGCUGCAACGACCAGUCGGCCAAGAAAGGUUUCAAACUGAGGAGACGAAAAAUCACCAACGAGCCAACGGGGGGUCCCGCCAACUGCCCGCACCUGGUAGAGGCGCUGCCUUGCGACCAGCCCAGUUGCUACGGCUGGCGGCAAGUCGGCCUUGACCGAUGCGCGACCGCAGAUCAAACGCCGUGCGGUCCCGGAACGCAGCUCGUUCGGGUCCAGUGCGUUAACAGCAACGGAGAACCGGUGGAUGAGAGCCUGUGCUCGUCCGCGCCUCCUCCGGAUCCCGUGGCCUGCCAGGUGCCUUGCUCGCGGGACUGCGUGCUGAGCGACUGGACGGUGUGGUCCAUCUGCUCGCAGACCUGCUCCAGCAAGACCGUGGAGGGAAAGCAGAUGAGAACACGAUCCAUUCUGGCUUACAACGCCGGCGAGGUCACUGCCAUGGUCGUGGCCUGGAUCACAGUCAUGGAGGGUCUUUCACGGGUACCCAAGUUUCCGGAACUUUUGGGUGGCGCCAUGUGCCCCAACAGCAGCUCCCUGCAGGAGGUCCGCAACUGCAACGAGCACGCCUGCACCGUGUACCACUGGCAGACGGGCCCCUGGGGGCCCUGCACUGAAGACCCCUCGUCCGCGCCCCUCAACAGCAAUUCGACCGGGGCGGUGGUGGGUUUCGGGAGCUGCUACAAGGGGGUCCAGACCAGGAAGGUCAUGUGUGUGCGCGUCAACGUGGGACAGGUGCCGCCCAAAAAGUGUCCAGACGGUCCUCGGCCUAGCACGGUGCGUCCGUGUCAGCUGCCCUGCAAGAAAGAUUGCAUCAUGACCCCUUUCAGCGAGUGGACGUCCUGCCCUGUUGCUUGUGACGCAGCUGGCAACGCCGUGAAGAUCAAACAAUACAGGAAGCGUCUAGUCAUCCAGGCGCCUUCCAACGGAGGCCAGGAUUGUCCUGAGGUGCUCGAGGAGGAGAGAGAAUGCCAGCCACCACAAACGUGUCCAGGGUUUAGGUGGAAGACCCACAAGUGGAGAAAGUGCCAGCUGGUUCCAUGGUUCCUUAGGCAGGACCGACCCGGCGCUCAGGAGAACUGCGGGCCAGGACUUCAAACGCGAGCCCUGUCGUGUCGGCAGCUGGAUGGAACGCAGGUGGACGUGGCCGAGUGUCUGCAGCUGGCCCGCAGCAUACCCGCCCUCACCCAGCGCUGCCAGCUGCCCUGCCAGGACGACUGCCAGCUCACCAACUGGUCCAAGUUCUCGUCCUGCUCGGCCGACUGCGUGGGGGUGCGCACCCGGAAGAGAGCGUUAAUCGGGAGGAGCAAGAAGAAGGACAAGUGCAAGAACACGCAGAUGUACCCUCUGAGCGAGACGCAGUACUGCCCGUGCGACAAGUACAACGCCCAGCCGGUGGGCAACUGGUCCGACUGCAUCUUGCCCGAGGGGGGCCGCGCCGAGAGCACCCUGGGGCUGAAGGUGACGGGUGACGUCAAGGAGUGCGGGCAGGGCUACCGGUACCAGGCCAUGGUCUGCUACGACCAGGACGGGCGCCUGGUGGAGACAGCUCGAUGCAACAGUCACGGUUACAUUGAGGAGGCGUGCAUCAUUCCCUGUCCUUCUGACUGCAAGCUGAGCGAGUGGUCCAACUGGUCGCGCUGCAGUAAAUCGUGCGGCAGCGGCGUCAAAGUGCGCUCCAAGUGGCUGAGGGAGAAACCUUACAACGGGGGAAGACCCUGUCCCAAGCUGGACCACGUCAACCAGGCUCAGGUGUACGAGGUAGUGCCGUGCCAGAGCGACUGUAAUCAGUACGUGUGGGUGGCCGAGCCCUGGAGUGUGUGGAAGGUCAGCAACGUGGACCUGAAGGAGAACUGUGGAGAAGGCGUCCAAACCAGAAAAGUCCGGUGUAUGCUCAACACCAUCGACGGGCCAUCGGAGGCAGUGGAGGACUACCUGUGCGACCCCGAGGAGAUGCCCCUGGGGGCCCGCGAGAGCCGACUGCCCUGCCCCGAAGACUGCGUCCUCAACGACUGGGGCCCCUGGAGCCGCUGCCGUUUGCCGUGCACCAGAAGCAACGGUCGCAUUCGUGCGGCGUACACGCUGCGCUCGCCUAGCGCGGGAAGACUUUGUCCCGACACCACCGAAGAAGAACCCUGCGGCCUCAACCUCAACUGCUUCAACUACUUCUACAACAUCACAGACUGGAGCACGUGUCAGCUGAGUCCAAAUGCCGUGUGCGGGCAGGGAAUCAAGACACGCAUGCUGGACUGUGUUCGCAGCGACGGCAAAUCAGUGGACAUCAAGUUCUGUGAGGAGCUGAACCUGGAGAAGAAGUGGCAGAUGAACAUCUCCUGCGUGGUGGAGUGUCCCGUCAACUGCCAGCUGUCCGAGUGGUCGAGCUGGUCUGAGUGCUCGCAGACCUGCGGUCUAGAUGGCAAGAUGUGGCGUCAGAGGUCUGUGGUUCAGGCCUCGCAGGGUGACGGUCGUCCGUGUUCGUCUCCGAUGGAGCAGUGGAAGCCGUGUCCGGUGCGGCCGUGCUACCGAUGGCAGUACAGUGCCUGGUCAGAGUGCCGCGUGGAGAGCGUGGUGUGCGGUCACGGCACGCGCUACCGGAACCUCACUUGCGUCGUGUCAGACGGCGGCGGCGAGCAGGACAACGGCGGCCAAGUGGACGAGGAGCUGUGCGGUGGUCUGGAGUUGUCCGUGAAUGGAGACAAGCGCAUCCGGCUGAAGGAGGCAUGCACGCUCCCCUGCCCUGGUGAGUGCUACCUCAUGGAGUGGUCCGACUGGAGCGCUUGCAUCAGCAUCUGCGUCAAGGAGGCCGGCGUGGACUUCGGUUCGGUUCGGGUGCGCUCACGAGCCGUGUUGGCCCAAGAGCCUGAGAACCUGCAGCUGUGUCCCGAUCAGGCCUGGGAGUCGCAACCCUGCACAGGAGGCGAAUGUUUCCAGUACAAGUGGCUCAGCAGUUUUCGGCCCAACUCCUCGCGACCGCUCUUCUGGUGUCAGCGCUCUGACGGACUCAACGUCAGCGGGGGCUGCCUUCCCGUCACCCCCGUGAUGGACGACAGCGGCUGCGACCCGCCAUGUGUCCCGCCGACGUCCUACUGCAGCGAGGCUGGCUUGUGCAUGUGCGAGGAAGGCUAUACGGAGGUGCUGUCCGCGGGCGGGCUGCUGGACCAGUGCGCUCCCAUCCCGGUCCUGGAGAUCCCCACAGCGGGAGACAAGAAAGGAGACGUCAAGACCAGCCGCGCCGUCAACCCCACGCUGACCGCCACCACACAGCCAGGACGCUCUGGACGCACCUGGUACCUGCAGCCCUACGGACCAGAUGGCAAAUUGAAGAUUUGGGUGUACGGCGUGGCUGCGGGAGCUUUCGUGCUGUUCAUCUUCAUUGUGUCUAUGACCUACCUGGCUUGCAAGAAGCCAAAGCGACCGGAGCGAGCACGGCAGCAGCAGAACAACCGUCUGAAGCCUCUGACGCUGGCCUACGACGGCGACACGGACAUGUAGUCACACACAGAUGCGUGCUGGAUGCUUUUUCUUUUGCCGGUUUUUGUUUUUCAUUUCUUUUUUUACAGCAAGAAGGCGAGACAGAAAAAUCCUCUUAGAGCACAUCUCUUUGUUUCAAAAAGUGCUCUCCCCAUGCACACUUAUUUUUUUUUUUUUAUCGCCUUCAUGACCUCUGCAGUGUGUUGAGUGAAAUGGUUUUUUUUUCUCCUGUCAUCCCACCCAACCAAGACUUUUUUUUUUCCUUCCCCGCUGAGCCGUCUCCGCUGGAGGCUUUACAGGAUACGUCGCAUCCUCUGUUGCCAAAAAAAGAUGAGGAAAAAAAGAAGAGGAGGAUGAGGGAUGAAGGGGAAGAAAAUCUCCAUAAAGGGUUUGAGAAUUCCUUCCUCCGCCCGAAUCCUCGCACUGGACAAAAGAGGGACGCCGCUCUCUCUCUCUCUUGCUCUUUUGUGGUUGUUGUUGGAUUGGGGCGGCCGUUGGCAUGGAAACUGCGCCUCUCUCGAUUUCUGUCUCUCUCGCCUCCACCCUGGCUGUGUUUCAGGCGCUAACGUGCACUAUAUUAGUGCGGCACAUGACUGGUGAUGCCAUAAAAGAGGAAGAUACCAGCAAACAAGAAGGGUCAACACAAACACGCGGGGAUCACUUUCAAAGGAAUUUUAGGGCCACGCUGGAAUUAAAAAAAAAAACUUUAAAUUGCUAUGAUAAUAAAAUCAGACCC